AUAAAAGAAAACAUUUUUAGUUCCUCGAUGUAGGAGUACAAUGAUAGGACAGAACUUUCUCCUUCCAGUCUAAGACCGAGGAUCUACAACAUAGACGCUGCAUCUUCAUCCUGAUGAAGAACCUGUUCUGACUCCACAGGUGAUGCUGAUGAGAGUCUGCAGAGUUCUGUCAUGUCAGCAGACGGAGUAUGAGAUCAGCGGUCGAUGUUGUUCAAUGUGUCCACCUGGAAGUCGCGUUCAGAGAGACUGUACAGAGUUCACAACUACUUCCUGUGUUCCGUGUGUUGAAGGAACUUAUAAUGAGAAAUAUAACGGAGUGAGAAACUGUGCUCACUGUUCUUUAUGUCAUCCAGGUUCUGGUCUGAAAGUGAAGCUGGAGUGCACUCUGACUUCAGACUCGGUCUGUGAACCUCAGGACGGGUUCUUCUGCCUGGACUGGUCCUCAAAGAGCUGUGGAGCAGCACAGAAACACAGCAGCUGUGAAGGAGGACAGUACAUCAGCCAGAGAGGAACAGCCUCCACAGACACUGAGUGCUCUGACUGCAGCACAGGAACAUUUUCAGAUGGAACAGGAAUGUCCUGUCAGCCACACACACAAUGUGAAGCAGAAAACCUGCAGCUGAUAGAAGCAGGAACCUCUUCAGCUGAUGCUCGAUGUGGAGAACAACGUCAGAAUGUGUCAGGAAUAGUGAUCGGGGUUUUAGUUCCUGUUGUUUUAAUAGUUGGAGCUGCUGCUGCCUGA